AUGACAUCCAACGCCAUGCUCCCCGCAGCACUGCUCGGCAUGAUGCACGAGAAGCUCCCGCUCGAGCUGCGCGAGCAAAUCUACCGCGACGCAUUCCCCGAGAUCCGCUCCACGAACAAAGCUGAUCGAGUCCCCAUCCUACUCCAUCGACCGUGUCCCGCGGCAGGACCAGAUCUGCUGCACGACUGCCACGCCUGCCGGCUGUACGAGAAGUCGCGGUGGGCCAAGUUCAAACGUUCAGCCUUUGCCGAUGUCACGAGGAAUCCAAACGCCUCCGAGUUCACCAGGUGCUACAUUCGCGGAGUCACCUUUUACUGGAACGCAGGAGCCACCGAAGCUGGGCGACAGGGCCACUUCCCGGUGGGCAUGGACCGAUUUUUGCGCGACGUCCGCUCGCUCGGCCAAGGGGAGGCAUCCGUCAACGUCGUCGUCGCUCAGUUCGAGGCCGAAGAGGUCCCCAACGCCUUGCAGCACCUCUCCCGCACGGUCGGCGUCUUCUACAGGAACGGAAUGAGGGGGAUGUUGUCCUACGAACGCGAGCACCCGUCCCUCUCCGACGUCUUGUCACGGGCAGCCAAGCUCGUCGCCUCGUCGAUCCCUCCACACAUUCGACAGAUGCGACAGAUUCGAGAAGAGGUCGCUUACCGCCUGCCAGCGUGCAACGACGACGACGACGCGUGGGAGUGGCUCUUUCAUCCCCCGUCCUGGUUCGACGGAGACGCCCUUCCGGUACAGGUGUUGCAGGACGAUGAAGAGAUUUGCGAAGCUUUUGCAGCGUCUCGCGUGAUUCAGAGGCAGCGCGACGUGGACUCGUUUGCAGAACUGAGACACGGCUUGGGGUUUUUUCCUCUCCCGCAAGUCGAGAUGCCUCGACUCAGGCUCGACUUUUCCGCUUAG